AUGGCUUCCACAGCGGUGCUCCUACUCCAGCUGCUCCUGGUCUCACUGGCGUCUGCAUCACAUCACUUUGGGGGAAGUGCGAGCUACACCUACAGAGGACAAAACCCUGAUGGAACGUACAAGGUGGACCUUCGCAGCAGGUCAACCUUCAGGACAUGUGGGCAUUAUACCUAUGGGUGGAACUGCUACGGGGGCAACUGUCGCAUUGUCGCUAGAAGUCCGUCGGGUGUGGUUGACAGGCACACCACCAUAUCAGGAUACUAUGGAGGCUCUUGUGAGACUGAAACAGUUUUCACGGCUAAUGUUCGCAGUGACAAACCUUUUCAGAUGAGAGUUCCUCAGAACUGCCCUCGGACAUACAAGCUCACGUCUUUUGAUCCUGAUGGGGACAAAGUUCGAUGUCGAUAUGGAAACGUCAGGGGGAGGGAGUGCAACUCAUGCAGCCUGCCACCAGGCUUCCUCUUAGACCAGCCCAUACACAACUACAAGCCCACACCUAACCACAACAACAACACCAUACACAACCACAACCUCAUACCCAACCACAACCCCAUACACAACUACAAGCCCACACCCAACCACAACAACAACACCAUACACAACCACAACCCCAUACCCAACCACAAGCCCAUACACAACCACAAGCCCACAUCCGCGACCACAACCACAAGCCCACACCCAACCACAACCACAACCACAACCCCAUACACAACCACAACCCAAUACCAAACCGCAACCCCAUACACAACCACGGCUCCUCUCAGCAAACUUCCUCUGCAAUUCUCUUUUCUUGUGGACCCCCCUGCUCUGUCAUGUCAGGAGGGAGCUUUCCUGCCCAAGCUUCUGCCUCCAACACCUGCAAAUGGAGAUCGUUUCCAAGCAGAAGUCAACAAGGAAUUGGAAAUCAGAGUCAAAGCGCAUGCCAUAAAUGCAAGAAUAAAUAAUAUCAUCGUCAGUGGGCCGGCGAAUAUCAGCAAGCACCAGACCACACAGGGAGAGUUUGUCCUCAGGUGGACGCCACUCCCAGAUGACCACGGACAACAUUUCGUGAUCUGCUUUGCUGUUGAAGCAGUCAAACCGCCUGCCGUCUAUCAGUCCGAGAUGAGGUGUGUUCUUGUGGAAGCCAGGAGUGAAAUAGUUAAAUCUCAUGUGAUCUGCAACGAGUCCUCCAUGACAGUAUCGGUUGAGAAAGCCUCAUUCCCUCGACUCCAUGAGGAUCAUAUGCAGCUCAACGAUCCCUCCAACACGGCCUGCAGCCUCCAGAGACUCUCCAACAGCACUCACAUCAUCGCCACCAUCCCCCUCAACGCCUGCGGCACUCAGAUCGAGGAAGACGAUGAGAACCUCAUCUUCAAGAACGAAAUCACCACGGUGGACAACCCCAGAGACCUGAUCACCAGGAAGCACCUGAUGGAGGUGCAGUUCUACAGCCAGUACCCAAAACGAGGAAACGUGUCAUUGGGCUUCGUGGCACACAGGAAGAACAUCACUGUGUGGGAGAAGGGCUUCGGCACGUUCACCUACCAGUUUGAGUUCUACCCUAACAACCAGUUCCAAACCAGGAUGGAUCCAGCAGCUUAUCCUCUGGAGUACGACAUUGGGAACAGGAUUUACAUGAAGAUCAAGGCCACCUCCUCGGUCAACAACACCGAGCUGUUUGUGGAGUCCUGCCGAGCUGCACCAUACGACAACCCCAGCUACCGCCCAACCUACUCCAUCUUUGAAAAUGGGUGUCAAAUGGAUCCAACUCUUCAGAUCCACUCCCCCGCUGACCAGAAAGAAUUCAAGUUCAGCAUGGAGGCUUUCAAGUUCAUCGGACUGAACAAUCAGGUGUACAUCAGCUGCUCGGUCAUGAUGUGUGAAGCAGGGAACUCCAACACCAGGUGCUCCAAAGGUUGCAUCAACUCUACGUCGACAAGCCCCCCGCGCUCCAAGAGAGAGGCUGUCAUCCAGAGUGCAAGUCACUUCGUUUCCCAGGGGCCAUUGCGCUUACGGAGAUCUGCAGAGAGGGUCGGAGCCACAGCGACCAACCUGAAUCUGAACCUGGUGUUCAUCGCUGGAUGUGUUCUUGCAGCCGUCGGCAUGGUCUGCGGAGUGGUCAUGUACAGAGCCAAAGUGUCAAAGGUCAAAUACCAACCUUUGCCAACAUUUGAGAGUUAA